CUCUAGUAUCUGGGAGGUUGCAGCUGCGUGGCUAUCUUAGACGAAUCAUUAAGCCAUAACUUUCAGACAUGGCUUACUAAUACGAAAAGUUGGCAAAAAAUGCAAGUUCAUUGCUUGCGUUCAGGUAAAGUUGGUCACGUACGCACAAAUAUCUGCUUACAAUUUACACUUUUCCUGAAUGAGCAUUAUGGAGUCGAUCAUCAGUGAUGGACAGCGAGUUCUCUUGACUUGGGGUGAGGGACAGGACCCACAGUGCAUCAGGACGACCGUUGAGGGAUUGAGUAGUGCACUGGGGCAGACUGGCAAACUGCAGGUGGAGAACAUUGACAGACUUGUCCUUGCUGCACAUAACAAGUCUACAUUCGAUGUGGCUUUGCUAGGAGCUGUCAAUCCUCCCUCUGUCACACAUACCAUGGACCACCUUGCUGAGGUGGCCAGAAUAAUGAAGCCCAGUGGGAGGGUGUACAUCAGAGAGCAGACCACCCAAACAGAAAAUGGGCCAGGCAGGACAAAAGAGAAGCUCGUUUCUGUACUGAAGGUGGCUGGAUUUGUGGACAUACAUCCCAAGUCGGCCCUGUUCAACCCUGCCUUCCAAAACCUGGCCAAUGGCAUAGACGGCGUGACUGAAUUAUGUUGCAGCAAUCCGGCCUUUGAAGUUGGGUCAACAGUUGCGUUGCCUCUUUUUGCAAAGAAGACAGCUUCUGCAGACAAACCAAAAGCAGACUCCAAGAAGGUCUGGACUCUGUCUGCGUUUGACAUGGCUGAUGAUGAUGUGGAAUUAAUUGAUUCUGAUAAGCUUCUAGAGGAGGAAGAUUUUUCCAAGCCCGAUCCAAGCUCGCUCAAAGCUGAGUGUGGUCCCAAUUCUGAAAAGAAAAAGGCAUGCAAGAACUGUACAUGUGGAUUUGCUGAAGAGCUGGAACAAGGGAAAACAAAGGUUACAAAGAAGACUGUCACUUCAUCCUGUGGAAAUUGCUAUCUCGGUGAUGCCUUCCGUUGUUCCAGCUGCCCCUAUCUUGGCAUGCCUGCCUUCAAACCAGGAGAGAAGAUCACUCUUAGCAACCGACAGCUCAAACCCGACCUCUGAUUACAUGAUUCAUCAAUCUCUUACUGGCUGAUGAACUCCAACUGAUGACAUUUGACCCAUGAACUCUAUUCUUAUUUACUGCUGCAUGUGGCUUCAACCAUUAUGUGGGAAAGAGAUGUAAACAUUUGUUACGAAAAAAGGGAUUUUCCCUUCUUUUUACUUUUGGUAAUAAUAAUAAUACUGUGCAUUCUGUUAUAACGAAAUAACCAUCAUCGUUACCUGAAUAUUUUCACCAAAAGAGAGGAAUCUAUAGGAAAAUUUGUUUUUCCCAAUUUUUCCCAAAACUCCUCCAAACUUUCAGUGACUUAUGGACUCAAAUUUUGGAAUAGUUUAAAUAUAAUAUUGGUCAGCUUCCAAUGAAAAAGUUAUCCCUUUCCAGAUGAUAUUCUGUUUAUUAUUUACUGAUGAGUUACUUGUAUACCUAGUUUCAAAUAGAUCAGGCAUGUGACAGGAGAGUUCUUAUCCCACCCCACCCUAGCUGGUAAAAGUAGCUAUACAAAUCUUAUAUCUUAUCUUGAGGAAUUUGCAGAAGUCUUGUGGCAGUGUCAUCACCCAAAUACAUCAGUGUAUACAUCAUAAAAAGAACAAGUGAUCACAGGAAAAUCAAGAAACCAAAAUUUGUCAAGUCCUGAAUUAUGAAACAAAAAUCUUCAUGCUGUCCAGGAUGGGAUUUGAACCUAGGUUGUAGAGAUAAUAAUCAGAAAAGAAGACAUCUUUGUGUUGUUUUGUUAAAAAUGGCUCAAAUGAAAACUGAUGAUAAUCUGAUAUAACACACCCUGAAAACAACUUGCCGUCACUGAGCAGAUUCAUAUGUUCCAAGUCUGUUGAAUUUGGGGGGGGUUCUACAUUUUCUUCAAGUUAAGGUAAUUAUCUGGUCCCAUCCCCAGCAGCCUGGUUAUAAUUAGAAUUGACUGUAGACACAUUUGUAAUUAUUUAAGUGUAAGGUGAAUGGGAAAUUCAAUUAAGGCACUUUUUGAAACAAAUUUAUGGCUGAAAGGAGUGUAAGAAAUGGCUGUAAGUGGGAAGACGUUGGUUUCAGUGAUUCAGCAUUUACUGUUAAAUUUCGCUCUUUGAUCCAGGGCAGUUUGACUCAAAAAUAAUCUGUGAUGUUUUGUGAUGAAAACGUCAUAGUUUAAUUGUUUUAUACCUAAGUACAUAUGGUAGAGUACAACUUAAUAUGGACUUUCCUCGCUGCCAAGAUAAAAUGGAGGGAUAUUUAUAGUCCAUAUGUUCAUCAGUGGUGUUGCAAUGGCAUAUUUGUGUCCAGAUUUAAGACAAUGGGGUCCAAAGUGGUUCAGUAUUACACAACCAGUUUCCGACCAUGA